GCACCCACACUUCUCGGAGCAGCCUGUGCCAGUGCUUCGCUGCCCUCCACGUAAAGAAUUUCUCUCUUCAUACGUGACCUAAAUCUCCCCUCUUUUUGUUUAAAGCCAUCCCCCCUUGUCCUAUCACUAUCUGCCCAUGCAAGGUCAGUCUCCCUCCUGUUUAUAAGCUCUGUUCAAGUACUGGAAGGCUGCAGUGAGAACUUCUCGGAGCCUUCUCCAGUUUGAACAUUCCCAGCUUCUUCAGUCUGUCUUCAUAGGAGAGGGGCUCAGCCCUGUAAGUGCAGAUUGCUGUUCACCAGCCUGCUGUGUACAAACUGGACUGCAUCUGUGCGCUUAUUUUCAGAAAGCAAACCUCAAAGGGGUGCAUUGUAUUUAUGCAUAUUUGUACGAAUGUGUGUAAAAUAUAUAUAUUUAUAUAUAUCCUAUGCUGGCAUUUUUCAUGGCACAGCCUGAGCAGCUUCCAGAACCCUCCCCUGGUGCUGUGCUUUGUGCCAGGAGCACCCGGGCAGCCCCACGCCCCACGUUCCUGCCUAUGUGAGCUCGUUCUGCUCCUUGCAGCCAGCUUGGAGCAGCGCAGCUCCGCGCUUCCCACUCCCACCAGUCUGUCGCCACGCUGAGCUGCAUGCAGCCUCCUGCUCCCCGGCACAUCCUGACACAAAGAGCUGUGCUGCUGCUGCCAGCGCUCAGCUGCUCCGCGUGGGCGAGGGAGGGAGGGUGCUGCAGGAAGGUCAGCGCGGGGAAGGAGGGCGAUGCUGCCUCCUUCCCUUAGGGGCCGCAUCCUGGCAUCGCGGUGCGAUCUUGUCCUGCUUAUUGGUGGUGUUCAAGGGAACUGCCUUCAACACGGGUGCCCUACGCAUAGCACGCACAUUCCAGGGCUUCCCGAAGUGGUUUAGCACACUGCGGGCCCAAAGAGCUUCCCCUGCCUAUUCCCAGCCUAGCAAAAUUACGAAAAUUACAUUUCUCGCUUGGUUGUGACUCCAUUCUGGACCCUUCUCUUGUUUUUAUUCCUGGCCCAAUUUCCCUGGCAGCGUGAGCAGCAGAGCAGCAGCAGCAGCCACUGCCCUGACCACAGCACUCCUCCUCCCGGAGCUCCUCCACCCCCCCCUCCCCUGCGCCCGCGGCAGCUCGGGGCCGGCAUGCUGCAGCUCUGCCCCCGCCAUCGCGUUAGCCCCGGGCCCAUCUCGUCACCCCUGUCACCCACCGCUGACACUAACUCGACUUGCCUGCACUGUUGUAGGGGGCAGAUGGACUGUCGGAGCCCGAGGGCAUCUCUCUGAAACGCGUGGCUGUGGUGGAAGAUUUCUUUGACAUCAUUUACUCCAUGCAUGUGGAGAGUUCGACGGAGCCGGGCAAAGCACCCAAACAUGCUGGGCAGAAGAAAACCUACCGAGCGAUUGCAGAGACCUAUGCUUUUCUCCCAAGAGAAGCUGUGACCAGGUUCCUGAUGAGCUGCACAGAGUGCCAGAAGAGGAUGCAUUUCAACUCCAACGGACUGGAGCCUAAAGAGAGCGAACCACCUUCCUCUCUGGUUUCUGGGAUCAUCGACUACAACAUGCCUCUCACCUCUACUUAUCUGAAGCAAAUGAAGCUGCGGGUGAUGAAUUCACAGGAGCAGGAGUGUGCACUGGCUCUCCUACUAGAUGAACAGAUACAUUGCACUGCUCACGAAAACACUCCUGAAGAUUGUGAUCAAAGCACAUGUCCUGCAGGAACAAAAAGAGGACCAGCUGAGGCAACACACAGAUGUUGGCCUAGACCAUAA